AUGGCUGCUCUUCUAGUGAUUUUGUUGCUAACUUCGGGCUAUGUUACUUUGUGUUCUCAAAUUCACCGGGAGUACUACCUGGUAAAUGUGGCUACAACAUGGAACGAGGCCCAGAGUUACUGCAGGAACAGCUACACUGACCUCGCCACCGUUGGCAGCGGUGAUGAUAUGCAGAGGCUGGUGAACACGGUAGCAGCCAGUGGUGUGACAGAGGAGGUCUGGAUUGAUUUUGCCUCCAGCUGGUUCAAUAUUGUUUUUCAAACGAAAAAUUGGAUAAAUGCUCAGCAGGACUGCCGACUGAAUAAUAAAGACUUGAGCAGCGUGAGGAGCCAGACUGAAAAUCUGGCACUGCAGCAAAUAAUCAAUGACACUUUCAACGGCACCUCAUCCUCGGUGUGGAUCGGUUUGUUCAGAGAUGAGUGGAAAUGGUCAGACCAGAGCAACAGCUCCUUCAGAUCCUGGGCCAGUGGUCAGCCAAAUAAUGAUGGAAUCCAGUCAAAGUUCCAGGGUGCCAGCGUUCAAUGGAGAGUCCAGCCUGAUGGGAACAUUUUCCAUAAGGAGGAGAAGAAGACAGUCAAGGGCACCUGUUAG